AUGACUCAUGUAACAUAUAAUAUUUCAAAUAUUUUGUCUGCUUAUGUGAAUCAUUGUAGUACUGGUGAUAAAACAUAUGCAUGGCUACAGUCACGAAUCGAUGAUUUAAUCUCUGAUUAUAAAGGCAGAUUAGCUGUCCGAAUUCCACCUGUACGUUCUAAACGAGAUCUACUUGGAAAUUUAGCAGGUCUCUUCGGCUCCGUUAAUUCAAUUGCCAACACUUACAAAAUAACUGGUCAAUCACAAUUUUCAACAUGGUUGGCAAACCAGGUGGCCACUGGUUUUCAGCACCUCAGCAAUAGUAAUGAAAACAUUAUCAAAGCGGUUAGAUCUGAAGCGCAGGCGCUUCUAUUGAUCAGCCACACAUUAUUCAAUCAGACCCGUACCAUCGAACGGGACUUAGCCUGCAGAUCAUAUGCUCAAGAUUUAUUCACUGUUGCUAGACAAGAGAUUCUAGACUUGCGUCUUCUUAAAACACCUAGACAUGCUUUAAAUGAUCUUAUUGAGAUUUUGGAUUUACAUAGGUGGUUUGCAUCUGAAAAAAUGAAGGACAUUAAAUAUUCAGAAUUGUUAUCAACUUUAAUGUUGUAUACUGGAAAGGAAUGUGCCGGAUGUAUUGGGUUUUUUGUCAGUUUUCCUUUAAUACACCCAGAUCAAAUUUUUCAAAAUUCCACAACUAUACGUUCUAUAGGCAUGGUAGUAAAAAAUCAGAUCAUUAAAUGGGAUCAUUUAACAGGUUAUAUGACUUUGAAAAGAAAUGAGACCUUAUUUACCACUCGCACCUGUUGUCAUGAAACUUCAAGUUAUGUCAUUUGUACUUGUAACACUUUACAACCAUUCUCUCCUAAUGAUACUAAGCUUAUUAAUGUUCAGUCAUUACAUGGUCAUGCAGAUGCUGUACAGGUUUCGCAAUCACAGUGGUGUGUCAUCAGUGAGAUGAAUUCUUUCACCUAUGGAGGUCUGACUUGUCCGUCAAACCAUACUUUUUGUCUUGAGGUAACUGAGGACUUUUCAAUGGGUCAGAUAAAUAUCCUGGGGAGGAUUCCACUUGACAUAGAUGUUUCUCCCUGGUGGGAGGACACCUUCUACGAACACAGCACACAGACUUUGACUGAAACAAUGGAGUUAGUCCAACGGACUAUUCUACAGACUGAGUAUCAUCUUAAUCAGGCUCAGGUGGAAACAAACCUGGCCAAAGGAACAGCAAAGCUACUGUCAAGUUCAUCUACACGGUCUGCACAGUAUGUAUACACCUGGUGGGACUGGGUGUUCCGUGGAUGCGUGAUUGGCAGUGGUUUUAUUCUCAUGUUUACAAUACUCCAGUGUUGUUAUUUCAGGUAUAUGAUUCGAUCGUUGAAGGAAUCCAUCAACAAUGUGCUAACACUUGGACCUUUACAGGUGCCUGCAUUUCAAAGACUUUUACAGUAA